AUGAUACAACACAAAGGCAAAUGGGUGGACACAAUCAAAUAUGAUGAUUUUGAGGUUAUUGGUGUUCUCAUACCACAAGACUCAUCAUAUUUGGAUCUACUGCAAAUAAUAGCUCAAGAGCUACAAAUUGAUCAGGGGAAACAUAAAAUUGAGAUAAAAUAUCAAGUGAAGAUUCAGUAUCCACCAAUCAAAAUCAUAGACAAUUCAAGCUUCAAAUUUUAUUUAGAGAUCAAGAAGAAGGAAUUGGAUUUCACAUUGUAUCCUCUCUGCAUAUUAGUAUGUGAUGAUACCAUCCAGACACAGACACUUUCAGAAUCUACAAGAAGUAUUUCAACAGCUAUAUCAGCAGCUUUUUCAGCAGCUAUUUCAGAAUCAAACAAUGAGUCAGAUACAAGAGAGAUACCUUCACGAUACAUCUGUGAUACAUUUGGUGAAAUAGGGCAGUAUACGAAACUUCUUGCAUUGGAUACGAUAGAAUCAACCUAUAACUCAAAUUGGGAGCUGAAAGAUCAAGAAAUGGUAUCAGAACCACAAAAAGAUCAAGAACUGAAAGUUGGACAAUAUUUCAAAGACAAAGCAACUCUUCAAGCAUGCUUACGGGUUCAUGCAAUCAAUCAUCACUACCAGUCAAAAAUAGUGAAAUCGUGUCCAAAGCAGAUUUUAGUGAAAUGUAUCGACGAUACGUGUCAAUGGUAUCUAAAAGCAUCAAGUAAUGGAGACACACAACAGUUCAUCAUUCGCAAACAGAACAUGGACCACACAUGCCCAAUAGAAACCAGAUUCAACAAUCAAAACCAAGCAUCUGCAUCACACAUUGCUGAAUCCAUCAAGCUGAAGUAUCUAAAUGUCAAAACAAAAUACACACCAAUAGAUAUUAAGAAUGAUAUGGAGACUAUACAUGGAGUCAAGAUCAGCUACAUGAUGGCUUGGAGAUCAAAAGAAAAGGCAUUUGAGAUGUUAAGAGGAAAGCCAUGUGAUUCUUACAAAGCGCUGCCCACUUUUUUAUAUAUGCUUGCAGCUACAAAUCCUGGAUCAGUCAUUGACAUAGAAUUGAGAGACGACGACUCAUUUUUGUAUGUAUUCACAGCAUUAAAGGCAUCAAUUGAAGGUUGGCAGCAUUGCAAACCAAUCAUGGUUGUUGAUGGAACAUUCUUGAAGGCAACAUUUGGUGGCAUGCUUCUUGUUGUAACAGCUCAAGAUGCAUCUGGAAAGCUAUUCCCUCUAGCAUUUUCAGUUGUAGAUUCAGAAAAUGAUGAUUCGUGGGAGUAUUUUUUCUAUCAAAUUAGGGAGGCAUUUGGAACAAGAGAAGAUAUAUGCAUUGUAUCAGACAGACAUCUCAGCAUAGAAUCAGCUGUUAAGAAGGUAUAUCCUGAAGCUGCACAUGGAAUAUGCAUAUUUCAUCUACUUAAUAACCUGAAGACACAUUUCAAGAAAAAUGCAAAGAAUAUUAAAGAACCUUUCUUUGGGGCAGCCAAAGCAUACACUGAGAAGGAAUUUAACUAUCACAUGAAAGUGUUGAAUAGUUUAGAUGAUCGAAUUAUACCAUUUCUUACUGAUAUUGGCUACGCUAGAUGGUCGAGGGUACAUUGUAAAAGCAAAAGGUACAAAACUAUGACCUCUAACUUAGCCGAGUCAUUAAAUGCAGCAAUUUUACAUGCAAGAGAACUUCCAAUCACAUCAUUACUUAUGCACCUACAUGACCUCCAACAAGAGUACUCAUACAAAAACAGAAAUAUUGCUAUGAAUACAGUCACAACACUUACAACAAACCAUGAAGAUGCUCUUUUCCAAAAUUACAUUCAUUCACUGAAACUACAGGUAAAACCGUCUACAAAAAAUAUCAUAUCAGUGAUGGAGAAUGGCAAAAAGUACACAGUCAACAUGACAAAGAGGACGUGCACUUGCAAAAAGUUUGAAACCGAUGAAAUUCCUUGUAAGCAUGCUGUAGCGGUUCUAAACAAGGACAAGAUUGAACCUUAUGAAUAUUGUUCAAAAUACUAUACAAAAGCAGCUAUGUUAGCAACAUAUAGUGAGACAGUAUAUCCAUUAGAGAGGGAAGAAUGGAUUAUACCAGAAGAAGUCAAGGACCAAGUUGUCUUACCACCACAACAUAGAACAAGAACCGGAAGGCCAAAAAAUAGAAGAUUCACAUCACAUGUGGAAAGAAAAGGCAAAUGUGGAAAGUGCGGACAUGCUGGGCACAAUAAGAAGACCUGCCAAAACAUGCCAAAACCUGCAUAA